AUGACUUUUGAACACGAAGACAUUCUGAGCGAAAUUCCUGACGACCAACUGCCCCAACUUGCAAAUUUGUACGAAGAAAAAGCACCAUGGGCUCCCUACAUGGUGAGUUUCAUUCACAUGGCAAUGAAAUGGAAAAAAUCGGGGAAAUACCGCAACGCUUUGAAGAUUUUUUCACCGAAUAAUUCAUGGAAAACGGAUGGUACCAUCAUUGCUAGACUAAUUCUAGUGAACGUAAAUCAGGACAUAACAGUGUUCACUUUAGACGACCAGUGCACUAAUCUUUACCAAGGACUUACCGAAACUAGUCUCCUGAACUACAACAACAUCAGAACCAUUUUCUACGGCGUCCAUGAACGACACGCUCAUGUCAUACUGAAAUAUUUACAGGAAAAAAAAAUUAAAUUUGUGAAUAUUCCCUGUUACUUUUACUGCACUUCACCGGAACAAGCAAAGAAAUUUACAAUAGAGUGCCCUUCUGAUGUCUAUUUAAAGAAACUGGAACCAUCAGCUGGGCAACAAGUGGACACCAUAUGGCCCCACAGAUUUCUAGGCUCCGAUCAAUAUUUAUCAAAUUUUAUUGAAGCGAAUGGAGGAUAUGGGCUGUUUUUAAAGUCAACGAAUGAGAUGGUAGCGUGGGUUUUGAAGCAUGCUUGGGGCCAUUUGGCUAUGCUUCAGACCGAAGAAGCACACAAAAGGAAAGGUUAUGCCAGUUUGGUCACUAAAGCCUUAUCGAAGGAGAUAGCAGAGGAGGGGCAUUGGCCCCUGGGGACCAUUCUCUUGGAGAAUAAAAAUUCCAUCAGUAUGUUUGAAAAGUUGGGGUUCAGUAGUAUUGGGGUUUGUAAUUUUUUUGGAAUGGAUACGCGUGAUAAUAAAUAGGUUUUGUAAUUGGUGGAUAAUGAAUAAUAAAGUGAUUAAGUAAUUA